AUGGCAGACAGAUUGACUCAACUUCAGAUAUGUUUGGAUCAGUUGACUGACAUGUUCUCGGCAGCUCUCAACUAUGUUGACCAACAUCACGAUGCUAUCGUGCUGAAUGCCGAGGAUCCAAAGCUGGUGGAUCAGAAUCACCAUCCGGCGUCCAAUGCCGAAUUCACUGAGAGUAUUAACGAACUGGCUUCAGACAUAAUACUCAAAACAAGGCAGAUUCUCACGAUCAUUGAUACCUUGCCUGGUGUGGGUGUCACCAAGAAGGAGCAGAUGGAUAGGAUACUACAAUUGGAGAAGGAGUUAUACGAUGUGGAAAUGAAGAAGAAAAAGACGAUACAGACGAAAGAUGAUCUACUGGAAUGGGUUAACGAGCUAAUUCUACAGAUAUCGCGUGGAAUAGCAGAGACGAGGGUUUGA